GUUAAACGGCUUCUGAUUGGCUGAUAUAUUUUCUCUGCACCAAUCAGACAAGUUCUCUCAUUUUUCACCACUCACUAUCCAAGAUGGCGGACGACAAGGAAAAUAAGAAGAUCGGACUGAAGACGACGCUUGAUAUGGUGGUGGAAGGAUGCCGCCUUCCCGUGAAAAUGAGCAUUCUGCCCAACGAGGAAGAAGAGUGGCCACUAGCAGAAAUCCUCAGCCGGAAGGAAGAAAAGGGGAAACUGGAAUUUUAUGUCCACUACAUCGACUUUAACAAACGUCUGGAUGAGUGGGUGCUGCCAGACAGACUACGGGUGGAAGAACUCCAGUUUCCCAAGAAGGACCAGAAAACUCCCCAGAAACAGACAUCCUCCGCGGCUAACUCACGCCCCACCACCCCCGAUCGCGAACUCCAGGACAAGAAGACUACAGUUGACCGAUCUGAGUCAGACAGUCCAAGCCCCUCUUCCUUGCUCUCCAAGAAGUUAAGCCUGCCGGAGCAGACCAGCUCUCCUGCUGCCAAACUAGGAGGGCAGGGGCAGACUCCACAGUCACAGACGAAGUCCAAUGCAGGCAGGAAGAGGAAGGCAAUAUUCCUGGAUGAGAAGCAGGACUUACCGCCUGCCUACUGCAACUCUCUGUCAUCGCAGGACUCGCAGGACGCGCCGGCCACGCCGCAGCCGAGCGCCCCGCCGCCCCAGCAGCCGCGGCAGACCGGCAGCAUGUCGUCCUCUCACGACGAGAACAUCAUCACGCGCAUCAAGAACAUCGAGACCAUCGAGCUGGGCAAGUACCGCAUCAAGCCAUGGUACUUCUCCCCCUACCCACCGGAGCUGACCACCAUCUCUAUUGUGUACAUCUGUGAGUUCUGCCUGAAGUACGUCAAGAGCAGGAAGUGCCUGGAGAGACACAGAACAAAGUGCACAUUGAGACAUCCACCCGGCAACGAGAUUUACAGAAAAAGCACCAUCUCUUUCUUCGAGAUCGACGGCAGAAAAAACAAGUUGUACUCCCAGAACCUCUGUCUUCUUGCCAAGCUGUUCCUGGACCACAAGACCCUGUACUACGACACAGACCCUUUCCUCUUCUACGUCAUGACAGAGUACGACAUCAAGGGCUUUCACAUCGUCGGCUUCUUUUCAAAGGAGAAAGAGUCCACAGAAGACUACAACGUAGCCUGUAUAUUGACCUUACCACCAUAUCAGAGAAAAGGAUAUGGAAAGCUUCUUAUAGAAUUCAGUAAGUAUGCUUCAACUUCAAGUCACGCAUAACUGUGUAGGGCUUGAAAUACCAGCUGCAUAUGAAGUUUAAGUAUGUUCCAUACUUCUUAAAUACUGAGUGGUGGAGGUAAAAUUAGACUGGUGUGGAUAAUUUUUUAUCUUACCUGCACCAGUGCAGGUUAGCACUUACUUAAAGUAUUUCAAGCCCUGUCAUGGUUUGUCUUCCAAUGAAUGAUCUGAAGAAUAUCACUCUUAGAUAGUGCUGCAUACUUAAACCCAAUUUUAGGUUCAGGUCUGGAUUCAAGCCCA